CGGCCUAUAAAUACUCUGCCCUCCCUCUCCCCAUCGUCUGCAUCUCGAACCCAUUAAACAAAGAAAACGCCAGCGUCCUCGAUCCUUCCUUUCCCUGCCUCCAGAUCUCAGAUCCGAAGAGCUCCAAUGGCGGUCAAGGUCUACGUCGUGUUUUACUCCAUGUACGGGCAUGUUUCCAAGCUAGCUGAGGAGAUCAAGAAAGGCGCCGCCUCUGUCGAAGGUGUGGAGGUGAAGAUAUGGCAGGUCUCUGAGACUCUGUCCGAGGAGGUGCUCGGCAAGAUGGGCGCGCCCCCGAAGACGGACGCACCGAUCAUCACGCCGCAGGAGCUCGCGGAGGCCGACGGGAUCCUCUUCGGGUUCCCCACGCGCUUCGGCAUGAUGGCCGCGCAGAUGAAGGCCUUCUUCGACGCCACCGGCGGCCUGUGGCGGGAGCAGAGCCUGGCCGGCAAGCCCGCUGGCAUCUUCUUCAGCACCGGCACCCAGGGCGGCGGGCAGGAGACCACGCCGCUGACGGCGGUGACGCAGCUGACGCACCACGGGAUGGUGUUCGUGCCGGUGGGGUACACGUUCGGCGCCAAGAUGUUCGGCAUGGAGAGCGUGCAGGGCGGCAGCCCGUACGGCGCGGGCACGUUCGCCGGGGACGGCUCGCGGUGGCCGACGGAGGUGGAGCUGGAGCACGCCUUCCACCAAGGCAAGUACUUCGCCGGCAUCGCCAAGAGGCUCAAGGGUGGAUCCGCCUGAGCGCCAUGGCCAUGCCAGUGCUCGCGCGUACCUGCACCUACAUAUACACCUUGUGCAGCAUCCAUAUAUAGCUGUUCUUGUGGAUCUCGUUCGCUACUCUACACUACGAUGGCGUGUUAUUCGGCCGGUAUUGUUGUGGUUUGGAUUGAACUGCUUGUGAAUUUGGUACGCGGAUUGUGCGUUUGUGCUUGAUAUACCACUGUGUGCUUCUAUUUUCGUUUUUGACA